UUAUUAUUUUUGCUUUCCCAGUUCUUAUCAAGAGGACUUUAUUAUUUAUCACCUUAAUUUUGCAAGAUUCAUUCAAGGUCUGCCAGGAGAUUUUUGUUGUUACAAUAUUUUUUUCAAAUAGUCUUUAAAUAUUUUCCAUUCUUUAUGUACCUUCUGCAUUCUUCUACUUUUUCUAAUUGCAAAGCCUUUGAUCAGAUCCUCAAAACUAAUCUUACGUAACGCAUCUGCUUCUAUGCUUAGUCGAGGUAAGGGAUCCCGCCUGCCUUGUUGCAUAGUUGUUCUGCUGGGAUUUUUAAUAUACUUCAGCUGGGAAAAUGAAUGCUCAACUGAGCAAUUUGUGACCAUUUAUGUUAAAAAUCCAGUGAUGGGAAAUUUAUGUGCCCCCCCCUUCCCUUGAUGCCCUAAGCAUGUGCUUAUUUUGCUUAAUGGUUAAUCCAGCCCUGACACUAAUUACAUUGUGGAUGGAUGGAUGGGAUGCUGCUAGGGCUGAGAUAAGGACUCUAAGAUAGUCAGACUUCAAUUUCCUUAAAUGAGGGAGUAACAUUCCCAGGGGCUCAGCUCACCAUCCUAGACCACACAACCCUCCAAGUACUCAAUCAGCUCAGUACAAGACAUGGAUAGCAUCUCUUCACAUGACCCUCCACUUGUCUAAUCCUGACACCUGUCUGUGGUUUUGAGGAAGGGUCAGGGCAGCUCUGAAAACUAGCCUCCUGUCCUGUGUAUUUCCCCCUCCCCCCAAAAAAAGGGAAACAGCCAACAUCGGACAAAUUAAGAGGGUGCAUUCUACUCUCCAAAGAACAGAACGUUCUGUCCCUCCGCAUGCCUGCACCCUGUGUUCUUUACGGUCUCUUAACACAAAUCUUUUGGCUCCGCGUUUGGAUGUGAUUUGUAACAAAUGGCGCUGAGUUUCCUUUCACUUUUUCUGUCCCAGAACUACAUCGUCUGCGAACGCAAGAGAAGGGCGCUUUCCGUAAGCUGAGUCCGCACUGCAGUAGACCCCACUUGAUUGCAAGAGAGCGAGUAGGACUGUCAAGACCCUCGGUAGUAGUAUGCAACUCUACAGCAAGCGGAACCCUUUCAGGACGCUCUCGGAGUGGGUGGUGCUCUACGCCCUGCUCUUGGCCCCGCCAUGUUCCAGCAGCUACCUCACCUACAGCAGGCGAGUUCCCCGGACCAAUGAGGUGUUUGUGUGCAAGCAGUGCCCGCCAGGGACGUACGUGGCUGAAGAGUGCACCAAUGAUAAGGACACCCUUUGCCAACCGUGCCCCGCUCUCCACUACACGCAAUACUGGAACUUCCUCAAGAAGUGCCUGUACUGCAACGUUUUCUGCAACAGCCUGGAAGAAGAGGUGCGGCCGUGCAAUGGCACACACAACCGGGCAUGCCAGUGCAAGGCGGGCUACCACUUGGAUUUGGAUUUCUGCAUAAAGCACUCCAGCUGCCCCUUGGGAACCGGAGUUGCUCAGCCUGGCAACCCACAGGAGGACACCACAUGUAUCCCAUGUCCUCAGGGGACCUUUUCCGACUCCGUUUCCAGCACUGAGGUGUGCCAACCCCACCGGGACUGUUCUCAGCAAGGCCUGGCGGUCAACGUCCCUGGGAACCAGUUCCAUGACACCCUCUGCACCGCUUGCCAGAUGAGCAAAGCCAACAGCACCAAGGACAAAACAGUUGAAGCACCAGGAAGUGGGGGUGACUGUCAAGACGCCAUAAUAGACUAUGUGCCUUACCAAGUCGGGUCGCAGAGACGGCUGGAGAGACUGCUGCACAGACUCAACGGAACCACACCUGCUGCAGGUUGUGACGAGAAGAGCCUCUCCGUGCUGCAGGUGGAACUCCAUGCCUUCCUCAUGCAGCUCAAGGACACUCUUGGGAAGCAGGCCGUGGUGCAGAAGCUCUGGAAAGCCCUGGAUCACAUGAAAUUGCAGCAUAUACAAAAGAAGAUCCAAAAGCUUUUCUUGAGUUCAUGAGAUUGGACUUGGGUUCAAGUUAUUAAAAAAAGGAUACGCACAAGCACCUCUGAGAAAGAUAACCAGUACCAUUCUGCAACCGGAACUUGAUCUAAGAGGACAUUGCCUUCCCUUGGGCUUUGUUUAUUAAAAAAAAAAAUUCCCCUCUUUGAAAAGAAGCAAAAAUUAAGGGACACAAUUUUUAACGAAUAUGAUUUCCCCUCAAGCAGGUAGGGUUGAGCCACGCUGCAAUGUAUUCCCUGAUGAAAUUGUGCACCCUGGGGGUCCUGAACUUCCAAGGAAUUGUUUUUUUUAAAAAAAGCAUUUAACUCAGUAUUAGAUAUUUUUUAAAAAUGUGCUACUUAUUCUCCCCUGCUACCCAAAUAGAACACGCAAAGCGAGCAUAAAUAUAUCAAUAAUAACUGGUUUAUCCUUGCUACAAUCCUAUCACUGCAGCCCUUUAUUCCAGGAAAGAGUUGGUUUAUGUUGGAUUGGUUACACUUGCAUUUUUUUAUAUAUAUUUAAAUUUAUCUUGCCGUUCAUAACUCUGGUUUUCUUAGUUGUUAGCGUUUUUAUACUGCCCCAACAAGAGGUUGGUGACCAGACAGGAUUAUCAAGAGGCUAAAAUCUGUUUGUAAGGCCAGUGUGUGCAUUUAUGUUUCUGAAAUAUAUACUUAAGCCUAAUAUUGCCAGAUGUAUCAACAGCAUGUUCCACAUGAAUGAAACAUGGGGAAGGGAGAAACAAGGAACAGUCUAUGCAGACAAACUUUCACCGGUCAAAAUUAGUUGAAAGCUUUACCUUGGCAUGGAGCCCAGGAGAUGUUCCCACCCGAGCUAAGAGCCCAAAGUGCUGGAAGCUGGUUCUUCAAACGACAGCUGAGAUUCUCAGGAAGUUCAACAUGACCUCAGGACGAGAGUAGAUCCAACAUAUUUUAAAAUCCAGCAUCAUUUUCCAAUGCUUUAUUCCAUUUGCUAGAAACCACAGGCGGGGAGAGGGCUCUUGUGUUCGAAUACUGCUUGUGGAUAUGAUUGGCUACUGUGAGAGCAGGAUAUUAGACUAGACGGCCCACUGGCCAGAUCCAGCAGGUCCUCUUCUUAAUAUUCUUAACACCAUAAUUUUUUAUUUUUAUUUUUUUAAAAAAUCCAUUGUACCGGUAAUUUCAUUUCAACUGGUCGAAAAGGCUCUGGAGGCCUGGGUCCAGAUUGACAGCCAGUGUGGCAUAGUGGUUAGAGUGUCGGACUAAGACCUGGGAGGUCAGGGUUCAACUCCCCACUCUGGCAUUAAGCUCACUGUGUGACCUUUGGCCAGUCCCCGUCUCUCUGCCUAACCUACUUCACAGGGUUGUUGUGAAGAUCAGAUGGGAAGGUGAGAACUAUGUAUGCCACCUUGAGCUCCUUGGUAUAUAAAGGUGAUGAAAGCAUGAAUGGAUCGUGGAGGUAAGGACCCUCUUAAAGGGUCUUGGGUUGGUGCUUCCGGGUCCAGCCUGCUCAGGUUGGCAUGGCUGCCCCAGGUAGUGCUCUCGGAUCUGAAUACUUGCCUUGUGUCACACCAAUCUGUCAGCUGUAACCAAUAAAAGUUGUGGGCAUUUUUAUCCCAUCCCUCAUGUGGUGCGAUUCUUGCUGUUCUGCUCUGCUCCACUGCAGAGCCUCAGUUGUCGUUUCUGGAUUAAAUGUGACCGACGAAAGUAGCAUAUUGAGCCAAGCGGUGUGAAAAAGUAGAAUGGUGAUUUCCAUGUGGCAAUGUUUGGAAUUUACUGCAAGAAUGCCUGUCUGGUUGUGGAAAUUCUAAGGUUUUCUUAGCACAUGGGCUGGAAAGGCAAGUUGAGAGAAGGAAUCAGGAACUUCCCUUGAGAGUAAGGCUUGCUGUCUUGAUGAUGAUGAUGAUUACAGCAUUACUGCAUUGAUUUAUUAAUUCCUCCUAGAUAAAGGUCUCAACACAAUGUAUGACAGAGACAAUUAAAAACAUAAAAGGGCUAAUACAUUUAAAACAAAACAAAAAUCCCAAGAAGUGGACACUCAUCACAAUGGCCCACUUAACCAGCUGGGAAAGCCCCUUGGAGCAAAAAUGCCUCCUGUUGUUUCUGGAAAGUGCAGAUAGUGGACUCCUGUCGUAUCCCAGCAUAACAAGGGCAGCCACACAAAUGCAGUCUCCAUUGUUUAUAAACCACACGACACAAAAUGAAUUGUGUGCAUUUCCUCCUUUUGACUGGUGCAGGAGAUUCCAGAUAGACUGGAAUCUGAUUAUUAAAAGUCUCAGUGAGUUAAAAGAUUGGUGUUCUUGCUGGUUCCAGCAUGGAAGAUCCCAAUGAUUUUAUGCCAAGGCACAUUUCGCUACCUCUUCAUAAGGCCUGUAGUGCCCCAGAUUCCUCCCACAGAUGGGCCAGAGUUUCAAAGUGUUUGUGUUUUCUUUGCUGGACAGAAAUAGCAGCAGGAAAGCAGGUGUGUGUGGGGGGGUGCGUCUUCUCCUCUUUUGCAGCAGCAUAGCAAGCAAGCAUAGGAAUUGUUAGAAAAUACCAAGAAAAAUAAAAUGACGCCCGGUGGAUUAAAAAAACAAAACAAUUUUUUUACUGUGUCCAUGCUUAUGCUAAGACUGCAAAAAGGAGUGCAAGACAACAAGUGUUGCAAUUCACAAACCUGUGGGUAAAGACAGAAUAGCAAAUCUGGAGCAAGCAUUGGCAUUUGUCCCUGAAUGGGCAGGAAUUUCCAGAGAGUAGGCACUGCAGCACUGAAGGACUGGUUAUUUGCAAGGAGGGUAGGGUUUUAUGGGGUUAUUUCCAUAUGUAUGUAGCACAUUGUUCUGCCAGCAUUUUCGUAUCAAAAUUACUACAUCGUUUGCUGGCUGGGUUUCCAGGCAACGCGCCCACAGAAACACAUGCUUUGGGAUCUUGCUUUCAAGACUUCACACAUCUCCCUCUGAGCUGCCUUUGUAUACAUUUCAACCGCAGACUGAAGCACUCUGGGCAGUUAUGCUGAAUCACUUGGAAACUAGAGUUGGCAGGCGCAAGCAGGAGCAUGACGAGAGGAUCCCCAGUUGCACUGAGUGCAUGACUGUACACUCAGACUCUUAGAAUUUUGAAGUGUCAGGCAUAGCUCUAGUGGCUUUAGCCCAAAUGUAGCAGAGUUUUCCUGCACAGCGCAGAAGCUAGUUGAGGUGGAAAUGACUAGUCGGCUAGACGCAGAAUAACUAUUUACAGGAUUUAUUAAAAGAAAAUAAAACAAGCAGAGUUUCUGCAUACAAAGCAAAGCAAAAUAAAUCCUUACUCUCUCUCUCCAACCAUACGCAGCACUCCUACUCCUAACACCCAACAAGAAACAACUGUGCUAGCAUUCCUAGAUAACAGAGUUCAGUGCUGGUUAUUAAGCAAUCAGAGAGUUGUUGCCAGUUGCCAGGCCAGGCAGACCUUGGCUUUCUGCCAAGAGUAAAUUGACACUGCCUUGAGUUAAUUGUGUGAAGCAAGAUGGUUGGACAGUGUUCUCGAAGCUACCAACAUGAGUUUGACCAAACUGCGGAAGGCAGUGGAAGACAGGAGUGCCUGGCGUGUUCUGGUCCAUGGGGUCAUGGCUAAACGACUAAACAACAACAACAUUAUCUGGGCUGAGUCACAGACCUUCCCUCCAACAAUCCUGAUGCAAAUUCCUACAUACACAUUGCGUGGGGCCAAUCAUCCUUAGAAUGGCAGGGGGAGGAAGAUUUGAUCUGCUCAUCAUCUGAUACCCUGGCUGGAGAGAAAGAGUAUGAACUACAUUUGAACCUAACCACUUUUUUAAAAGUUUUGUAAUUUAAAACUUUCCUGUCCCCGCAAUCCUCCUUGAGCAACUCAGCUGACUGGGGAACAGCAGGGAAUGGCAGAAGAGGGCUGGAGAAAAACUA